UCGAAUCAAUGGGAGCGCGCGCCGUUGCUAUGGGACGCGUCGCGAGUUGAGUGGCGGAGGCGGAGGAGGCGGCCGGGGGGACUUGGCAGCUCGGUGGGACUCGGGGGCCAUGAAUCAAGAAGAGCAAUCAUCAUUUAUUGCAGAAUGGUACGAUACCAAUGCAAGUCUAAUUCGUCGUUACAUGUUCCUGUAUUAUCCAAAAGAUGGAUCUAUUGAAAUGUUUGACAUAAAAAACCAUCGUACCUUUCUGAAACGAACUAAAUAUGAUGAAUUACGAUCAGAAGACUUGUUUGUUGGCAGUAUAAUUACUGUAUAUGCUCGUCAGCUGCGUUUGGUAGACUAUGGGGACCAAUAUACAGCACGCAGACUGGGAAGUAAGAAGCAAAAGACCCUGGGUGUAAUAAAGCCAAGUACCGAUACUAAAUUGGGAAAAUUGAUUGACCAGAUCUACAGUUUGGGACUGGUAAUAACCAGAGCAAAAAUGAUCAACCUAACAAGUGAUCUCCUUCAGUAUUUAAGCUGUGGUCCUGCAAUUGCACUGGAAAUUUUGGGAGACGAGGCAGUAUCUGCUUGGAAGAAGCUAAUUGAACUUGGAGGUGCAAACAGAGCACAAAGUGAAGAAAGUGUGCGGACACUUUAUGGAAUCACCGAUGUCAGGAAUAAUGUUUAUGGCUCUGAAUGUGCCGCAACUGCAGCUCGAGAACUAGAUGUUUUCUUCCCAUCACUUGGCAGAGGACCAUUAAAUACAGCAAAAUGUGUUGAUUGCACUUUGUGUAUUAUCAAGCCACAUGCUAUUGCUGAAGGUCUGGCUGGAAAGAUUUUGAGUACCAUUGAAGAGAUGGGAUUUAAUUACAGUGCACUUCAAAUGUUUAAUGUAGAACGAGCCAAUGCAGAGGAGUUCUUAGAAGUAUACAAAGGAGUUGUUGCUGAAUACAAUAGUAUGGUAAUGGAACUAUGUUCAGGACCUUGCCUUGCCUUGGAAUUGCAGGGGAAGGAGGUUCAAAAGUCAUUUAGAGAAUGCUGUGGACCAUCAGACCCUGAAAUAGCUCGUCACCUACGGCCUCGUAGCUUGCGUGCCCUCUAUGGAAAAACUAAAGUUCAGAAUGCAGUGCAUUGUACAGACCUUCCGGAAGAUGGAGUUCUGGAGGUCCAGUAUUUUUUCAAGAUUUUGGACAACUGACAAGGCCUAAAUGUUAACUUCCAGAAAAGUUCCACAACAACAUGUUCUUAAGUUUUAUUUUUCUGAUGCUUUAAAUCAGGUGAGGAGUACUGUUCUCCAAACAAGUUUACAGAUGUUACAUUGCAUUUGCAUUUUAACAUGAACAUCCUACUGCAUUGGUUUACUUCAAAUAAAGAUGAUUUUACCAGUGA